UAGGGGUAAGAGGGGACGAGCCCGUAUAGAAAGUCAAUCCUUCUUUUUCCGAUAUGCCGCUCCGCAAGCAAGGAGUGCCACGCACGAGCGGAGCGAAAACUAAGCAAGGGGAAUUCCGUCAUUCCAUGGAAAGCAUGCGAAAUCCUUUGAUUGUUUAUAGAAUCAAAAUAACUAUAUAGUCUUUCUUGUUCCACUUGCAAGGCAAGGAAAAUAAAAUGUCAGUUUCGUUAUUACAACCUUAUUUUUUUAUGUCAAAGACAAAAAGCUACGCGCAAAUUCUCAUUGGAUCUCGGUUGUUCUUAACAGCGAUGGCUAUUCAUUUAAGUCUUCGGGUAGCACCACCAGAUCUUCAACAAGGUGGAAAUUCUCGUAUUUCGUAUGUACAUGUUCCUGCGGCUCGGAUGAGUAUAGUUAUUUAUAUCACGACAGCUAUAAACAGUUCCUUGUUCCCAUUAACAAAACAUCCCCUUUUUCUUCGCUCUUCCGGAACCGGUACAGAAAUUGGUGCUUUUUCUACUUUGUUUACGUUAGUGACUGGGGGGUUUCGGGGAAGGCCUAUGUGGGGUACCUUUCGGGUGUGGGAUGCUCGUUUAACUUCUGUAUUCAUCUUGUUCCUUAUUUACCUGGGUGCACUGCGUUUUCAAAAGCUUCCUGUCGAACCGGCUCCUAUUUCAAUCCGUGCUGGACCGAUCGAUAUACCAAUAAUAAAGUCUCCAGUCAACUGGUGGAAUACAUCGCAUCAACCUGGGAGCAUUAGCCGAUCUGGUACAUCAAUACAUGUUCCUAUGCCCAUUCCAAUCUUGUCUAACUUUGCUAACUUCCCCUUCUCUACCCGUAUCUUGUUCGUUCUAGAAACACGUCUUCCUAUUCCAUCUUUUCCCGAAUCUCCCUUAACGGAAGAAAUAGAAGCUCGAGAAGGAAUACCACUAAAAACCUAGUUCGCUCUCAAAUAAAAACCUAGUUCACUCGCUAAAGCAUCCAUGGCUGAAUGGUGAAAGCGCCCACCAACCUAGAAAGGCAAAAUGGGUCAAAAAGUAGGUUCGAUUCCUGCCGGAUGCACUGCCUCUUAAAGACAGAAACAGAGGAGGGAAAGAAGGUAGUAUAGGGAACUUGCUUUUGGAUUCUUAUCGAAAGUGAAUCCCUCUAACACUUCUGUUAGUGUUUUAUGAGAAAAUCUUUUAUAGACACAACAAGUGUGAAAAUCCUUAGUCACUAGGCAAGAAAGCUCGAUGGGAACAAAAAGGAUACAAUUAGUUCAUAAUCAAAAAAAUGUACAAUUUCAAAGGAAAGAAGGAAUGGCAAGUUUCCCUCCAUUGAACAUCAAUCAAUCUAGAAAUAGGUAAAGGAAGGCGUAUCACAGGGGUAUUUUGCUUUUUUCUAUUCACUUCCGUGGGGUUCUAAAUUGAAAACAUGAACACAAACGAAAUCGUAUUGAAAUUACAUAAAAAAAGAAAAG